ACUUUCAAUAAUUUUAUUAGCGAACGAAUUUACGCGCGUAACAAAUUUAUUGCUUUGCAAACACGAUUUUAUUGCUAAAAUGCAAAGUAUAUUUUUACAUUCUACUAAAUUGUCUAUAAGUGAUAACGAAUUCGUAAUGUUAACACAUUUUUCAAAAAACUAUAACUGUAUUGUUCAGGACGACGUAUAUAGUUAUUAUUGGAUCGCUGAUGAAGUUAUUGAAAGUCAACUGAAUUGGUACUUACAAGACUGAUCAAUAUUAAUUGUUUAUUACUCCUUCCGUAUCGAAAUAAUUGUUCUAUUUGCAUAAAAUAUUUGUAUCGUAAUGAUUGUCCCAUUUUAAAGUAUAAUGUUUUACACUUUCUGUAUCACCAAUUUCAAGACGUGAGCAUAAUUUACUAUUAUGAUACAGCUAUACGAGUAUAAUAAGUAUUUAUUUAACUUUUAUUUUAUCUAUUUGAACGGCGCAUGUUAUUUUAUUGCAAAUUUAUAAAUCAGACAAACAUUUCGAUACGAAGGGAGUAUAAACUACAAAAAUAAAAAUUUCGUCUAGGAUGACGUUUCACUGUUUACCUAAAAUAUUUCAGUUAAUAUUAAUGUGAAAAGUAUAUUUAUAUUUAUUUUUGAUAAAAAUCAAUAUAUAAUCUUACAAAAAUUAUAUCACGUUUGGUCUUAUUUUAGUCAGAAAAAACUCACAAUUGCAUUAGCAAAAGUCCCAUUAAGAAAAAAUAAAAAGGUUACACAUUAUCUAUCCUUCAUUUGCUGUCCUUUUCUACGUUCAGUAAAGUGCAAAGGCGGAGGCCGAAUCUCAGUCUAAGACACUUCAGUCCCGAUGUUCAUUCAGUGUUUCAUCGAUCCUAUCUGGUACGAUGCACGUACGACUAAUGUGAACACUGUUAGUCUAGUACGCUGCAAGCACGUCCUGAGCCUGGCAUAGCGCCGCAUAUAGAAUUGCAAAAUAGCAAAGGCCUGUCUCAUCAACAAGUUGAUACACUGAACACAGAAUUAAUGAACCUGACAAAACAACUGCAAGGAGAAGUAAUGAUCUUUGAGCUAUGCCAACAUGUUCAAAAAUAUCUGCACGAGAACCAAAAACCAAGCUACCGUAGUUUCUACGAAGAAAUGGUUUCACGGCGGCAGGAAAAAAUUGAACUUGAAAUGGUGGAAAAACAACUGAAGGAAGAUAAAGCGAGACAGGUAUUGCAGGAUCAAAUUCAAAAGAGACAAGAGGUUUUAAAAGCUGAGAUUCGUAACCGAAAAGAGUCGAUUCGCUUGAAUAAUGAUCGUUCAGACAAUCCGUCGCAAUCGAUAUCGUCGUCUCCGCAAGAGAGGACACGUGUUUAUUCUCGAAGAAGAUGCGCUAGUAGUUCCGAAAGUACUGAUGGCUUUUUAUGCGAGCAUACAGGCACAAAAUCGUUGCACUUCGAUCACAAUAAAGAUGAACGGGAUGUAUAUAGAGGAAAAUGCAUGGGCCACAGUACCAAAGGAUCUGUUGUCUAUGCUGGUGUGGAUAUGACAACCGGUGAACUGUUCGCAAUUAGCGAAUGGACAUUUAAAGGGAACCACGAUAUUGACGAAAAUAAUGUACAACAUAUUACUAAACAAAUAGGAAGUCUCGAGCAAGAGAUGAAUCACUUAAAUAAAUUGCACCAUCCGAAUCUUGUACAUUAUAUAAGUAUGAAGUACUUGCUAAAUGGAGAUGAAACAGUUGUUUACAUUCUUCAAGAAUUUGUGAUAGGUACCAGCUGUUCUUUUUUCCUGUUGGAGAACAUUCCUGUGGACAUCGAUCUUCUUCGUUAUCUGGCUUCUGGGAUUUUAUUUGCUUUGAAGUACCUUCACGACAAUAAUGUUGUCCACAAAGACUUACGUGACACAAGCAUCUACAUUGAUCGUACAGGAAUAGUUAAACUAUCGGACUAUUCGCUCAACAAACGUUUGUCUGAUGUUUAUCAAACAUGUGCAGUUGUCAAACCUGAACAAGAUUUUCCCAGUAUCCAAGGAAGAGGUGGAAAGAAAGCUGAUAUUUAUCGUUUCGGCGCACUUAUGUUCUCUUUGUUAAACGGAAUGAUCGUUUCUGGAGAUAAAAUUAACCCAGCAAUGAUCAGUCAGCCUGAUCUUCAAGAUUUCUUACAAAAGUGUCUCAUCAACGAUGAGCGGAAGCGUUGGUCUGCUGAACAACUGCUGCAACAUACGUUCAUAAAAGCUCCUCUAGCUCGAGCAUUGUCACCACCAAAGAUACCACGCAGAGAGGAACAGGAGAAUCAAGAGCCUGAUGAGACUGAUGCAGACAUUAGGCAGUAUGUACCACCUUUGGGUGGUCACUCAAGAAUUACAAAUGAAUUUGAGGGGCUCGAAUGGCUUGGUAAAGGUGCCUUUGGUGAUGUACUUAAAGUGAAAAACAAAUUGGAUGGUGGGAUUUAUGCUAUCAAAAGAAUCGAGCUUAACCCCAAGAACAAGCAGCUGAACAGAAAGAUAACCAGGGAAGUGAAAUUACUGUCGCGCAUGAAUCAUGAAAAUGUGGUGCGCUAUUACAAUUCUUGGAUAGAGAGUGCUACUAUAACUGAUGAAACAGAGAAAGUAUACGAAACGCCAUUAGGAAAGAAGAACAAAGACUUGCUCAACCAUUUGGGCACAGACGAUAUCGAAAAAUUGGCACCGCCGUUGCAAGAUGUCGAAUGGAAUGUUUCAUACAAAUCUCGUACAAACACCACACUACCGCCGGAUAGUGAUGAAGACAACAGCGAUGCAUCUAGUGAUAGCGACAGUGAUGAAGAUUGUGCGUUUUUAAUGCGGAAUUUGUUAAGAAUAGACUCUUCCGACAGUAUAGAAUUUGAAAGGGAUUCAAAUUUCCAAGAAUCUGCUUCGAGUAGAGAAGAGAAUGAAAAUGGAGAUGCAAGUAAAUCAGAAGAAACAACAAGAGAAAUACAGUUUAUGUACAUUCAAAUGGAGUUCUGUGAAAAGAGCACUCUUCGGACGGCCAUCGAUGGAGGUCUUUAUGAGGACCGAGAAAGAGUAUGGAGAUUAUUCCGAGAAAUUGUUGAGGGCUUAGCGCACAUUCACCAACAGGGCAUGAUACACAGGGAUCUAAAACCAGUGAAUAUAUUCUUGGACAGCAACGACCACGUUAAAAUCGGAGAUUUCGGUCUCGCUACUACAAAUAUUUUUUCAACGUUUGUACAGACCAUGGAGAUAGAUAAAGAAUCACAAACUAUGGAAAAAGGAUUCAGUUUUGGCACAGAAGACGUAGGCUCUUUAACAGGACAAGUGGGCACAGCAUUGUACGUAGCGCCGGAACUAACGACGAAAGCAGUGAAAGCCAUUUACAAUCAAAAAGUCGACAUUUACAGUCUGGGAAUAAUAUUAUUCGAAAUGUGUUACAAGCCACUGAAAACAGGAAUGGAACGAAUUACAAUUUUACUCAACCUACGAUCAAAAGAAAUUAUACUACCUCCAGAAAUGCAGCAAUCAGAAAUGGCAAGACAAACUCAUAUCUUACGGUGGUUAUUGAACCAUGAUCCUAGUCAACGACCUACAUCUCAAGAACUUCUCUCUUCGGAAUACCUACCUCCCCCACGUCUCGAAGAAACCGAAUUACAAGAAAUGAUUCGGCGCACAUUAUCCAACAAUCAGAGCAAAGCUUAUAAAUAUUUAAUUUCUUGUUGCUUUACCCAAGAAAUCACACCAGCCGACGAUAUUACAUACGAUAUGAAUUUACCUAGUAGAGGCUACAUAAACUUCCUGUCUUGGAAAAAAUACCAAGAAGGAGUGAAAUGCAAAGUAAUUGAAAUUUUUCAGAGGCACGGCGGUGUUCAUUUAGACACACCGCUUUUGAUGCCAAAGUCGCGUCAGUUUUAUAGUUUUACAGAUUCCGGUGUUAGAUUAAUGACUCGUAGUGGAAACAUUGUUUGCAUACCUCACGAUUUACGUGCACCUUUCGCAAGAUACGUGGUAUGGAAUAAUGUGCUGCAUAUAAGAAGAUACGCUAUCGAAAAAGUUUUUAGAGAGAAGAAGGUUCUGGGCUUUCAUCCUCGAGAACUUUAUGAAUGUGCAUUUGAUAUAAUAAGUCCAACUGCCAAUAAUUUCUUAAUGGAAGCUGAAUUGAUACACAUUGUCUGGGAAGUCAUCAAUGAACUACCUCAAUUACAAGAACGAAAUUUCACUAUCCGCCUGAACCAUACUUCAUUAUUGAAAGCUGUAUUAAUAUACUGUGGAAUCGAUCCAGAAAAAUAUCAUGACAUUUAUUCAAUUUUACGGGACGCACGCGAUGGAAAGUUUUCAAGGUUUCAAAUCCAAACACAUCUAAUAAGUCUUUGUCUGACUGAUCAAGCAAUGGAAACGUUAUUUAAUUUACUUGAGACUGAGAGUUCUAUCGCUAAGAUUCAUAGUGUGUUGAAAACUAUAACAAAAAGGAAAGGAGAUGCUGCUGCAUUAGCUAAGGAGGGUUUAAAAGAAAUUGAGACUGUAAUGGAAAAUAUUGAAUCGUUAGGCAUUAAGUGGACAGUAGUAGUAGUUCCUCUCCUAGUACAUAAUAUAAAUCAACACAGUGGUACAAUCUAUCAAAUAACGUGCGAAGUUAAACGCCGUAGAAAAAAAUGUGGAGAAGUAAUAGCAGCAGGUGGACGUUACGACAAAAUGUUGUCGUCUUUCCGAAAACUCCGAAUGGCCUGCAAAGAAGCUAAACAAUACGGUGCUGGAAUCAGCAUCUCAUUGGAUAAACUUGUAUCAGCCGUUUUGGAGACGUCAGAAUCUUCUGACAGUAAAUAUGGAAUCGAUGUUGCAAUUUCUUGCCUGGGCAAUCCUCAUCGAGAGAAAGAGAUGAUAGAUCUUUUGAAAGAGUUUUGGAGUUUUGGAUUAAAAGUUACAAUUUUGGAUUUGGCUUCCGUUGAGGAAAUUCUUGAAUAUUGUAGAGAACAUUCUAUUAAUCAAGUUGUUAUUCUAAAAGCCAGUGAAAGAGGAGGCGUGAGAGUCCACAGUUGGGAACGGGAUAGAUAUCAAGAAAAAAAAAUAGCCAAUAAAGAAGUUGGGGAAUUUCUUCAAAGACUGGAUACAUCGAUACCUAUUUUAAAUAGAUCUGAAAGUAAAGCAUCAACAAAUGAGAAUUAUUUAAGUAACAACAAUCCAAGUAAUAUCAAUAUCAAUUUUAUUUUGUCUGAAAAGGACAAACUUUCUGGUAGUUCUAGAAGAAGUUUGAAGAAUUCGAUAUUUGCACAGAUGUCCACGUACUUUCAAAGAAUCGCGCAUAAAGUACCAAUUGAAAUUUUUGCAAUGUACUUAGAAAUGAGUGUGAUUAGGACAAUUAUAAGUUUUUUAGAAAUCGAUGAGGAAGAUCAGGAUUUUUUAAAAAGCAUACAAGUCAUUAUCGAUAAACAUGCAAGACAUAAAAAGUAUAUAAAGGAGAUAUGCGAGGAAUUACGGGAAACGAGGAAAGAAAAAUUACGACCUGUGUUAAUACUAUAUAGUCUGAUGGAUAGUCAAUAUAUGACUCUUUUAUAGUUUAUUACUUUUUAAACAUCCAAAAUUAUACAUGAAUAAGACAUAUGAAAGAAAUAAUUUGUCACAUAAUUAAGUGAUUCAUAAUAAAACAAUUUGAUUUUUAUAUUAAAUAAUCUAUUCUAAAAAAAGUUCCUUUAAGUUAUAAAAUAAAUGUACAAGCAUAAAAUACCUAGUGCUUCGAUAAUAAACAAAAUCAAAAGUAUCAAAAUCA